GAGGGCGGCAGGCGGGAUCACAGAGCAGCCAGAGCAAACUAUCUUAGAGAAUUUUAUCUUGGUGCUGCACUUUCCUCAGGGCUUCAGGAAAACAUGGCCUCUCUGUGAACUGAAGCCACUGAAGUGACUCCGGAGCUGUGCCGCGGUGGGAGAUGAACAUUAUCAGUCUUACAUCCUGUUUUUUUCCAUAAAGCUGAGACCAUAUCUGUGAGCCAGUAUGGGGGACUGGAACUUGUUGGGGAAGCUGCUGGAGAGCGCCCAGGAACACUCCACCGUUGUGGGCAAAGUCUGGCUGACGGUGCUCUUCAUCUUCCGCAUCCUGGUGCUGGGAACCGCCGCUGAAAAAGUUUGGGGCGACGAGCUGUCCGGCUUCACCUGUGACACCAAGCAGCCUGGUUGUCAGAACGUUUGCUAUGACAAGACCUUCCCCAUUUCUCACAUCCGCUUCUGGGUGAUGCAAAUCAUCUUCAUCUCCACGCCGACCCUCAUUUAUCUGGGCCACAUCCUUCAUCUGGUCCGCAUGGAGGAAAAGGAAAAGCAGAAAGAGAAGGAUCUCGACAUCCAGAGCGAAAAGCAGCAGCAGAUGCUUGACAGAAAGACAAAGAAGGCCCCAGUUAAGGACACCCAGGGACAUGUGCGUUUGCAAGGCGCGUUGCUGAGAACCUACGUCUUAAACAUCGUUUUCAAGACCCUGUUUGAAGUGGCUUUUAUUGUUGCUCAGUACUUCCUGUACGGCUUUGAGCUCAAGCCGAUGUACACCUGUGACCGCUGGCCCUGCCCCAACGUGGUGAACUGCUACAUCUCCCGACCCACCGAGAAGACGAUCUUCAUCCUCUUCAUGCUGGCGGUGGCCUGUAUCUCCCUGCUGCUCAACCUGGUGGAAAUGUACCACCUUGGUUUCACAAAGUGCCACCAGGGCCUCCGCUACAGACGAUCGCAGGCUGCAAUGGAGGCCGCCAGGCAACUCAGUGAGCCGGUCAUGCCCUUCGUACCGAGCUACAACUACUUUGCCGGUCAUCCUGUGGUGCCCGAGCCCUUCCCCGCGGACUCGAAGUACGGCCUAGUGGAGCCAAACUCUGCUUACAGCCCCUACAACAGCAAAGUGGUUUACAAGCAGAACAGAGACAAUAUGGCCGUGGAGAGGAAAGGAAAAUCGGAGGGGGAGGAUGGGAGUGAGAGGAAAACGUUCACUCCUGCCAUUGAGAUGCCCGUGGAAAACCAGCGCAGAAACAGUCAGUCGAGCAAGCACAGCAACAACAAGAGCAGGCUGAACGACCUGAAGAUCUAGAGGAGCCUCUCCUCAUUCUCAGGAACCACACACUCUAGCCUGUAAAGAUAUUUGCACGAGUAUGGAGAACGGUUCGUGACAAAGCUACUGAGUGAACGGAAAAGAGAUUAUUGCUGUGAUCGAUUUGCAAGUCAAGAUUUGAGAGCACACAGGGACAGCUUUGUGUGCAUAGAACAAGUAUUGAGUGAGUUAACCAGAACUCCUCAGCUCACAGGACUUUUGAAUAUGAAAUGUGAAUUACCCAUGUCCACGAGUAAAGGAAAUAUCCAUAGAUGGCUCUUGUUGUCUCAUCUUUUUUAUGGAUAAAUCCAGUAGAGCAAUUGGCAAAAUGUUUCUAAAUGUUAAUAAAUUCUACCCUUCUCUCACUGUCAGUUUGUGGAUGAUGCUAACAUACAUCAUCUUUCGGCCUAAUUAGCUCAAAACAAUGUUAUGUAUUCACAAAUCCUGCCCUUAUGUUCUCUACAACGUUGACUUGUAAAUUAAUUAACGCUUAUGCAUAUUUGCUGGUGACAAAGAUGCAGAUUACUUGAGAUUUUUUUGUUUACAAACAAAUGUAUUUGAACUAAACUGCAAGUGGUAUGUCAAAAUAAAAGAUGUUGAAAUAUC